AUGGAAGAUAUUACGCCUUCAUCAGUUUUUGCAGAUGUGAAGAAUGUAAAACAUAUGGAGAACCGAAUUGAUGGCACAAUGGUUAGAGGAACAAGACUGGAUGUGAAUCUGGCGUUACACAAGAGAAAAGAGCUCCCGUCCAUGACAAAGAAGAUUAACAGCAACCCUUCCGCGAGACACAAUGACCCCUUCACUAAUAAAAAACCUGCACAGGGGGUGUGGGGGAGACCAAGGGACCAUAGGACGUUUGCAAAAGUUCUUGGCAAGAAAACGCAUUCACAUACUGCACCCCCGCCACCGCCUCCAAUUCCCCCACAUAUCGCCCUAAGCAAAAAUACAGAAAACUGGAUAUGGAAGACGUCUCUCAUGGGUGAGGCAAUGUCGUUAGAUCAUUUGGGACACAUGCCCAAGCUGUUGUCAUUCCGAAAUGAUAUUCUCAUGGAGAUUAAGUAUGUGGGGGAAGGGGGGGGGCUGAAAGUUCUGUUGCAGUUCAAUGACUCAGUUACUGCAAAGGAGUUCAAAGACAAUAAGCAACGAUGGCAAGAGCAUUUGAAAUGGGUUGAUUGGGCAGAGAAGAUUGAUCGGGAAUUUGAUAGGGUUGCAUGGAUUAGGAUUGUUGGUCUUCCUAUACAUCUUUGGGGGGAACGUAAUUUCUCAAAAAUAACAGAAGGAUACGGGGUUACAAUCUCACCAUUUGAUGAACUUCCUAACCGGGUGGAUCUCUCCUGUGUAAAAAUUGGUAUUCUUACCAAAAGAAGGACAAGAAUAAAUGAUGAGAUCUUUGUUUCAUGUGAAGGGAAGUUUAUAAAGCUUGGUAUUAUUGAAUUCGAUGAAGAUUGGUUUCCCUUUAAGUUUGAUCAUAGUGAAGAUUAUUAUGAGAAAGAUGAUCUAAGUGAAGUUGAUGAAACUGAUGAAGAAAAUGAAGACGAGGAGGGAGUCUCGGAUACGUGGAUGCAUGAAGAUGGCGGUGAAAUGGAAGAAGGAGAAAUAAGUCCAUUUUCAGUUGUUAGGGAGGAACCAUUGCAGGGUGACAGAUCGCCAGAGACGGAAAAAUCUGUAGGUGCGCCGGUGAAAUCGACGAUGUCGAUUAGGGCAAACCAAGAGACACCUGGGAGCCCUCAACGAAUGGAGACAUAUCCUAGGGAGUCAGGUGGACCGCCACAUGAUACUCUCUCGGGAAUAGUUGGUAACAGUAUAAUCCCUUCCCACCAGUUCUGUGAUGAGAUGAUUGGCGCCACUAAUGUAAUUACUACUCCUCCUCCAAAGGCCCACAUGAAUAACUUAGUAAACGGGCUUCCACAUGGGUGUUUUGGGCCCUUCCCUUCCCACAAUAUCAAUGGAUCUUCAUACAUCCAAGUCCAAAAAAAAUCCAUCCCCGGGUCAUUAGGCAAAAGAAAACGAUAUGAUAUUUCCGGGUCCGAUUUUCCAUUAACUCAGUAG